AUGAUGAACAAACUUUUUCUAAGUUUUAUUGUUUUUCUAUCCUUAUUUUUAAGCUCUGCUGCUCAAUAUGAAUUUUUCAUAAUGGCAAUGCAGUGGCCUCCUGCUUACUGCAGGAUCAAAGGCACAAUUUGUGUCCAGAAACCAAGCAGGUUCAGCCUUCAUGGCAUGUGGCCGGCAAACAAAACAGUUGAGCCACGUAGGUGCUCCAAUGAUCAAGUCAAGACAAAAUUAACCAAGAACAUGAUUUCUGCAACAGCAUUAGCUGAACUUCCUACUUCAUGGCCAAAUUUAAAAGGAGACAAUUUUAUAUUUUGGCAACAUGAGUGGUUUCAACAUGGAACCUGCUCAUACUCGACAUUUAACCAAACUCAGUAUUUUGAUCAAGCAAAUAAUAUUUGGAAGGGGUUACAGCUUUUUGAUAUACUUCAAAAAGAUGGUCUUUCCCCAAAUACCAUUAAAUAUCAGAAGACAGAAGACUUUAAGAAGGCCAUAGGUAAGCACAUUGGAAUUGGAACUAACGCUGUGAUAGAAUUUCACUGUUCCCCUAGCUCCUCUGAGCUAUUAGAGAUUAGGAUAUGCAGAAAUCAUGCUGGAAAUGACUACACAAAUUGUACAAUGUAUGGCAAUUGCGGAAGUUCAUUUAAAUGGAAGCCAUAA